UAACAAUAGUAUCUACUGUGAAUGGUUAGUUGUAAGAACAAAUCGUUUUUGUUCGUUCGCUAUAUUUUAAUACAUACUGAAUGUACUGAACGAAAAAUUCUUCAUCAAAGUAAAUUUGACAAUCAUUUUGUUUACAAACAAGUUUGUUUUGUUUAUUUAUCCUAUGGAUUGGCCAACGGAAAAACUGUUACGACUCAUUGAGCUUUUUAAAAACACGCGCUGCCUUUGGGAUCCUCAGGAUAGAAACUAUAAGAAAAGUAAUAUUAAAGACAAGGCUUGGAAUAACAUCAGCGAUGAGUUGGGAAGGAAUGCCAUUGAGAUUAAGAAAAAGAUGGAAUCGCUCCUUGCUUCCUAUCGUCGAGAGCGUAAAAAAUAUGAAUUAGCUUUAAGUGGUUCCCAUGCGGACACGGGGUAUAUUUCAAAGUGGUUCGCGUUUAAUGCCAUGAGUUUUAUGUCCAAGAGAUCAUUUGAUAAGAGACCCUUACACGAUAUACAUCAUGAUCCUUUGGACGAAAUCUUACAAGAUAGUUCUCACAGUCAGGACUUCUAUGAGGUUAAUUCUAAGCGUAUAAGACCAAAUAGGGAAGAAAGCCGACGAAGAAGUGCAACAUUUGAUGUGGCACAGCCUGCAACCAAUAAAGAAAAAGAGUGUACAAACUGUAUUAACAGGAGUGCUGCCGAAUUCAAAAGACGAGAUGCUAGUGAUAUAUUCGGAGAAUAUGUUUCUACGAAGCAUCGAAAAUAUAGUGAUCAUGUCAAAAAUGUUAUAGAACAUCAAAUUGCACAAAUCUUGUUUGACGCAGAUAUGGGUCUCUACAAUCCCGGCACAACGACGACAGUUACGAUAUCCGCCCAAUCGCCGAUUGUGGAAACGGACACAGGAGGCACUUCGGAAAUCAUUUAUGAAAAAUAGCUACUGCGAAAUAAUUUACCAAAAAUAAAAUUAAAAUAAAUGCAUUUUUUGAAUACGCACUAUAUUGCAAUUUUAUAUCAGAAUUCUAUUUUACAGUUUGGUCCUACACUAUCGCAUAUCAGCAAAUACAACAAUUUAUUGUAAACUGUCUGAAAUGAGUAUAAAUAAAGCGACAGCUUUGCUCUUACUUAUCAACACCACGGUAUUUACAGUGUGAAUGACGUCAUAAGCAAGAAGAGGAAUAGCAACAUAAACGAUAGCGCAGAUUUACAUAUUUAGAAAAUCAGUAUACAAAAGUUUGUUCUUUUUAAAAAUGAAAUGUUCAGUGGCAGGAUGUAGCACCGAUUAUAUGAAGAAUCCAUUGAAAAAAACUUUCUAUGGUUUUCCAACCAACGAAGCCGUUGCCGUAAAAUGGGUUUUAUUUUGCCAGCAACCAAAAGAAUUUAACCAUAAGAGUUUUGCAAUGCGACUGAAAAUAAAACGUGGUGCGGUGCCAACUAUUCGUCGAAUCUCAACAACAAUACGGGAGCAACGUAUUAAACGGAGGGAACAAAAACAAAUUGUCAAUGAUCUAUUGCGAAAGUAUAACCAAGAACAGAAAGCGAAAAUGAAAUUAGCUGAUAGUGAAUUUGACGAAAUAUGCAGCACUCAAGCCGCCAAAGGCUCAGCGCCAAUUACAAACGAUAUAAAUGACAAAGAAGACUCUGUAGAGGAAAUGGAGAAAAUUGUCAGUGAAUUUGACGAAAUACCGAUGCCUCAAGCUACCCAAGGCUUAAGGUCAGUUACAAAGAAUACAAAUGACAAAGAUGACUCAGUUGAGCGAAUAGAGUUAAUUGCUGGUGGAUUUGACGAAAUAUGCAGCACUCGAGCUACCCAAGGUUCAAGGUCAGUUAAAUUCGCUAAGAUAUCGGAAUUAACUACAAAUAAUGAUAAAGAAGAAGAGGCAAUGUUGGAAAACGGUAUCCGCAAUGAUAUUAAGUUUGAGGAAGUGAUGGUAGGGAAUAAUAUGGACUAUCCAGUUAAUGUGUUUGAGGAAGUGGAUGAGCUGCGUGAACAAAUCAAACUUUUGCGUAAAGAUAAUAUUUGUCAGCGCCGAAUUAAUAAGGGAUUGUCCAAUAAGCUUGAAAAGUGGAAGAAAUUAAAUAUAGAGAAGGAUAUUCGUUAUGCUAACAGGAUUAGUAGGGUGCAUGUGCAAUUAAAAAAGAAAACUCAGGAAUGCCAAAAUCUAGAGGAAAAGCUAAAUGCUAUUUUCACCUGUGGGCAAAUUAAUAAAAUGAAAUCCUUAAAAUCUAAUUAUCAAUGGGAUGAGGAGGAUAUUGCCAAAUCCUUAAUUCUAUAUAGAUCAAGUGGCAAAACGUAUAAGUUGCUUUACGAUAAUGGUUUCCCUCUGCCAUCAGUACGUACUUUACAGAGACGGAUUUUUAGUCAUAAAAUCGACACAAACAAAGAUGCAAAUGAAACAGAAAACACAAUUUCAACAGAAAACAUGAUUGAUAUAAUGGAUUCAGAGAAUAUAAAUGAUCCAAUAAAUAUAAUUGACCCAGAAAAUAUAAUUGAAACAGAAAACAUAAUUGAAACAGAGAAUAUAAUCGAAUCAGAGAAUGUAAUUGCACCGGAAAGCAUAAUUGAUCCAGUAAAUAUAAUUUCGGAUAUUCAUAUGAACGAUCAAACAUUCGCUGAAUAUGCAAUUAUGAUAAAUAUAGCUUAAAUAUGUUUUUACAUAUGUACAUAUAUUCACCAGAAUGUUUUUAGCCUCUUGGAAAAAAAUUCUCUUUAUUUACCAUUUGUAUGUGUGACAGUUUUGGUUUUAAUUUUUCUUUUGCAUUCUUCCCAUUUGUUUGCUCCUGACGUUUCUUUGUAAUUUUUAAUAACUUGUGUUAUAUUUAUGUUUCAGCGGGAAUGCAGGGACAACUUAAGAAUUUUCCUUUAGCAUGUGUAUAAAUUAAUUAAAUUUUAAGUGUAUAGAGUACAAGACUGGGACACUUAUUAAAUAUAAUAUAAUUUUUUAACGCUUUGAAGACAGAGUAUAAAAGUGGUUUUGAUGUUACGCGAUAUGUCCAAACAAGUUUAAUGAAAGAAGUGCAUUUCCGGUACCAAUAAGAAAUACUUGGAAUCCUUUUACUUAUUGCGAAUGAUACACUUCAAUUGACAGCCGUCGUCGCGCGCAAAAUUUGGUACAACACUUACUCUCUAUCUCUUUUUAUACAAUCAGCUGUCAGUAUCCUAAAUACCAUGUACGAAAGAGAAGAAUACCAGCUAACAUUUGUCAACGGAAUUAAGCGGCAUUUUGGUUUGCAGUAAUCAAAACGCAUUCAGAUUCCAUUAUACUUACAAAAAGUCAAGUGUGUGGACGAAUUUUGCAGUUGCAUACUUUUAAUUGGAAUAUACUUAUAUUAAAUUUUAUUGAUAAUUGGAGAGUAGUUUCAACAGUUAAUCGCAAACAGUUUUUACAAAGUUUAUAUAUUUGCAACACUUAAAACCUAAAAAAUAUAUAUAUCAAGAUGUCAACAGAUGAGCAAAAUCCUGUAGUAUCCAACGAUGAUGGCGGCGCUGCCAAAGAAAGCCUAAUUGCUGAGGAAGAAACUGGCUUUAUCAAUCAGGAACAUGCAAUGAAAUUACUUGAAGCCAAGGAGUUGUACUGUUAUGGUUCACGAAAUUUCCUUAUAAAAAACUACAGCGAUGCGGCUGAUCAGUUGAGUCAAGCAUGUGCCCACUAUGAAGAAUUGUAUGGCGAGCAGUCGAAUGAAUUGGGCAUGCCAUAUUUGCUCUAUGCAAAAUCCCUGAUUGCCUUAGCACUUGAUGAGAACAAAGUCAUCGAUGUGCCGGACGAAGAGGAACUCGAUGAUGAUGAUGAUGAUGAUGAUGAUGAUGAAGAUGAAGAUGCCGAUGAGGUGGCCGUCGCGAAGAAUGGUAGUGGUAAUGGCGCGGCGGCAGCGGCGACGAGUAGCACCUCAAAAAGUAACAAAGAGAAGAGUGAUGAAAUGGAGGCGGAUUCAACGGCUAAAGCACCUCUUGCUGCAACGCCGGUUUUGGAUGACGAAAAGCCAAGCACCUCAAAUGGCGAUGCUAGUGGCGAUGAUAUUGCAGACGUUGAUAAUGACGCGGCUUCCAAUCUGCAAUUGGCCUGGGAAAUCCUUGAGUUGGCUGAUAAAAUUUUCUCCCGUCAAGGCGGAGAUGGCAUGUCAAACUUGGCUGAGGUGCGAACGGAACUGGCUAAUAUUGAAUUCGAGAACAAUUUGCCUGAGGCGGCACGUGAUGACUACAUGAAAGCAUUAAAAAUUUACUGUGAAAUGCCGCCAAACUAUCGACGCGCCAUGGCAGAAAUACAUUACAAAAUCGGUCUAACCUAUCUGAUGCAACAAAUGAACAAGGAGGGCGCUGAAUCGCUAAAAGCUGCAUGCGAGCUGAUCGAUGGUGAAAUAAAGGAAAUACAAGAGUGUGAUGAGGAGCUGAGCGAGAAGCGGAAGAGUAAGAUACAGGAUUUGGAGGAGACCAAACAGGAGAUUUGGGCGAAAAUAUCCGAAAUCGAGGAGACACAAGCGCAGAACGUUGCUGAGGUGCGCGCAGCGCUGGACAGCUACAUCAAACCAAUUAACAGCGCAUCAACGGAAUCAAAUGGUGCAGGUUCCUCAACUGUUGCAGGAUCAACAUCAGCAGCGAGCGCGUCGUCAUCUAGUGCAGCCAAGCCGACGGAUAUUUCACAUUUAAUUAAACGCAAGAAGCCGAAUGAUAAUACGGAAGCUGAGGUUGGCGCGUCACCAGCCAAACGACCAGCUGCCUAAUUAUUUUGGUUUCUCGUGCGGCCGUUUUAUUUGAUUUGAUGCAAAUUUUUUCGUUCGCCAUUAUAGCGACAAAAAGAAAUUCGUUUAUACAUAUGCACGAAGAGCAUAAUUUUUCUUCAAAAAGUUCUUAUUUAGUUUUAAAAUUAAUUAUUUUUGUUUGUAUUUCUUUUUUUGUGUUUUUUAUUUUGUUGGUAAAAUUUUCAGUUUUUGCCUUGUUUCAAUUUAUUAAUCUUUAUUUUUAUUUGUUCGCACUCCAAAACAAUUUUUUUUUUUUAUUACUUCAAAAUUUGUCAAUUUUAUGAUUUGCACGUUUUGCUAAUUCAAUUGCAGUCGUUAUAUUUUUGUUUUCUUGCUUUCACAAUUAACAAUGUUAAAUUUUCUUAAAUUUUUCUACAAUAGUACUUAGUUGUAAGCAUAUACAUUGAAAAUACAUAUUUAUAAAGUAUAUACUUAAAUUAUAUAAUAGUUUAUCUUGCUAAUUAUUGUAUUGUUACUUUUUUAUGGCACAAAUGUUUGUUAUUAAACUCAUUUCUACACUACUCUCACCUACUGUAAGAAAACUCAACGAAAAAUGCAUAGAGUUAAGUUAAACAACACAAAUAUAUAAAUAAUAUUACUACAAAAAUACAAAA